AGUCAUUGGUUUAUGGCCCAGUCAAUGAGGUGGCUGCUCGUAUUGCAAUGAAUGGUAUUCGAUAGGGCUCUGCUGCCGUCUCCUUUCCCCUGGCGAAAGCUGCGCUGCCACGGCCCUGGGUUGCCAUUUAGCUUCUGCACUAACAGGAAGGAUGAACACUUUACGCUGCGAGGAGCCUUCUUGGCUGGUGGAGAAUCUGAACAAGCAGACCGAUUCAAUUCUUGUCCUAGAUUUGAGAACACGUGAAGAUUUCCUCACUGGCCACGUUCGAACUUCUGUGAACUUGCCGUGCCAGAAUUCGGGAGAAAUGGAGAGAGGCACCAGUGUGGAACAGCUUCUAUGCCCUGGCAGCACUGCAGAGGAACGCGGGCGUCUCGCUGCCCGUGGCCAUUCAGAGAGUAUUGUGUUGUACGACCAGGACUCUACGGAGGAAAGAAAGGGCGAGGCCCUGAUGGCCGUCGCCGACAUGCUGGUGGCGGAGAAAUGCCGCCACGUUUGCUUCUUGAAUGGUGGGUUUACCAGCAUCCUGCGCUCACACAAGGACAUUGUGUCACCGGCGAAGAAGGCAAAGAGAGGUCCGAGGGGUCCUCCCCCGCCGCUGUCGUUACCCGGAUCAAAACCGGGCAACUCUGAAGAGGAGGCGAAAAAGACAGCGGACCCCGACAAGGAGCAAGUGAAGCAGGGACAGCUAUCUGAAGUACUGCCAGGAGUCUUCCUCGGUGACUGGACCAGUGCCAAGUCUCGUGAUGCCAUGAUCAAGUUUGGCAUUACAGAUGUAUUCAACGUCACCAGCGACUUGCCAAACACGUUUGAAACCGACGAGGAGUUGAACAUCACCUAUGACCGCUAUGCUGCCGAGGAUGUGGCCUCUGGUUCGUUGACGCCUCACUUUGAAAGGGCUUUCUACAGUAUAGAUCAAAUCCUCAGUCGCAAAGGCUGUGUUCUGGUGCACUGCUUAGCAGGAAAGUCUCGCUCUCCGACGAUAGUCCUCGCCUACAUCAUGCGCACGAAGAAGUGGGGCUUCGACAAGGCUUACGACUUCGUGAAGGAACGAAGGAGGAACAUUGAACCCAACAUGGGUUUCUUGUCUCAGCUGAUGAAGUUCGAGGCCGACAUGGUGAGUGAUGGAAUUCUACUGGAGCGCCAAAGGAGUGAUGCGGACACGGGUUCGUCAACAGUGUCCAAGUCAACGAAUAACAGUGUGCCGACGUCGUCUCAUGAAACAAGUGCCGAGUCUCCCUGUCCGAAGACCCAGGCCACCCAAUCCUAGUCAACGCUCGCGUGUACUGCUCACUGAACAUGCUUGCCAUGAAGAGCAGUGAGUCUCCACGUAUAUGUGGGUGCAUGUGUGUGUGCAUGUGUCUAAUACCAACUCGUGCCAAUAUUGAAUGAUACUUGCAAUGCUGCCAUCAGUGCAGCAGUUCCUGCUAGAGAGUGUGUGUUGGAUGGUUGAGUAGCACGCCACUGCUCUGGACUCUUCACUUCCAGGAAUGACAGUCAUCCGCGGGUCCGGCGCUUUGGCUAUGAUGACGGAGGCUCUUCCGCUGCGACUGAUUUCUGCUCGUACAAGCUAUAAUCUGACUUUGUCACAUGAUUUUGUCGUUUCGUUUUUAACCUCAAGGCGUUCAUAGUGUUUGUUUGCCAACUAGAACUAUUGUCGACAUAGGAAUGGCAGUGCGAACCUAACGUGCAUUGUAAUGUUGUUUCUAUCUCCUGUUUAAACCGGCAUUGCAUCUACACGCACACACACGCACGCAGGCACGCGCACACAUACACACACACAAACUCACUCACGCACUCACUCUAGCGCACUCUUUGUCUCUCUCUCUCUCACUCUGUGUGUGUCCUGUUCCUCUUCUCCCUCUCUGUGGGUGUUAUUGUGUGGCGGACACCGGACCUUGAUGAGCUUUCUUUCUUGCAGUCUGCCUGAUGUGCUCGGGCGUGCAUGCUUCUAUAUGCACAUUCAACUCUCCUUCACAUCACUUGGCACCUCUUUUUUCUUUUUUUUUACUUUGAAGUAAAAUAUUUUUUUAGAUGGAUAUUGAUUUCUGUUUGCCCGUAAAUGUUGAUAAUCUAUUCAACUGGAUUGGAUAUGGACUGCGCGUGUUGACCACUUUACUUUAGUAAUGAUCCUUUUUGGCUGGGUGUGUUUUCCCUUUGUUUACUUUCGAAUCUUGAUGAUUAUUUGUUUCUCCUGUACCCGAGGGCAAUUCUCAGUCCCCAAACCUAUUCUCCUGCAUACUUUGUUAGCUCCUGAUCAACCUCGCUGUUCAGUGUAGUUAUGCUACCAACCCUCAAUGCGUUUCAUUCUUUUUCUUUUCUUUUUUAAAUGCCCCACACCCACUGCAUUGCUUUAGAUCUCACGGACAGUGUUCUUUUAGGCUUUCAUCAUUAUGCCCAGUCUCAUUUUUUUUUCAACCAGAAAAAAAGCAUUGAAUAGUUUCGCACACUUGCCACACCGCCGCCUUGCAGUUUUUUUAGCCACGCUGAUUGUUGCAAUCUGAAUUAGCGGAUAGCUAGUCUGUGAUAUUUAUGUAAUGAUAAGGUGCAUUGCAAGGUCGAA